AGUAUCGCGAUUUUUUCUUUCUCUCCCUUUUUUUUUUUUUUGCUUAGCGACUGGAAAGGCCGGUUGCUCCGAGUAGAAGCGCUUGGCCUUCUUCCAAGUAGAAGUGGCCCGGCCUGAGAUUCGAGUGAGACCCCAGCCCUAGGCUGGGGUUCUUUCCACAUAGAGGAGACGGAUUCAGAGGGGCUACAGACCAAGACCGUUGAAAACCAGACAUAUGAUGAGCGUCUAGAGAUUAACGACCCUGAAGAGGUUGCGAGUAUUUAUGCUCCAACCACAAGACACAAAGGACUUCGUCGUUCCGCCCAUCUUCCUAACAAGACUAUGGCUGACAACAGCAGUGAUGAGUACGAAGAGGAAAAUAACAAGGAGAAAAAGAAGACCUCGCAGCCCACUCCUCAGCGGGGCUUUAGUGAAAACGAUGACGACGACGAUGAUGACUCAUCUGAAACUGAUUCUGAUGAUGACGACGAUGAUGAUGAAGAGCACGGGGCCCCUCUGGAAGGUGCCUAUGAUCCUGCAGAUUAUGAGCAUUUGCCAGUUUCUGCUGAGAUUAAGGAACUCUUCCAGUACAUCAGUAGGUAUACACCUCAGUUGAUUGACCUGGACCACAAACUGAAACCUUUCAUUCCUGAUUUUAUCCCAGCUGUCGGGGAUAUUGAUGCAUUCUUAAAGGUUCCACGUCCUGAUGGAAAGCCUGACAGCCUUGGCCUACUGGUAUUGGAUGAGCCUUCUACAAAGCAGUCGGACCCUACAGUGCUCUCACUUUGGUUAACAGAGAAUUCCAAACAGCACAAUGUCACACAACAUAUGAAAGUAAAGAGCCUGGAAGAUGCAGAAAAGAAUCCCAAAGCCAUUGACACAUGGAUUGAGAGCAUCUCUGAAUUACACCGCUCCAAGCCCCCUGCGACUGUGCACUACACCAGGCCUAUGCCCGAUAUUGACAUGCUGAUGCAGGAAUGGUCUCCAGAGUUUGAAGAGCUUUUGGGAAAGGUGAGCCUGCCCACAGCAGAGACUGACUGCAGCCUGGCACAGUACAUAGACAUGAUCUGUGCCAUCCUAGACAUCCCCAUCUACAAGAGUCGGAUUCAGUCCCUCCACCUGCUCUUUUCCCUCUACUCGGAAUUCAAGAACUCACAGCAUUUUAAAGCUCUAGCUGAAGGCAAGAAAGCAUUCACCCCUCCAUCCAACUCCACCUCCCAAGCAGGAGAUGCAGAGACAUUAACCUUCAGCUGAGACACCUCCCAUGUCACUCUGUUUCAAGGCUGAGCUGGCUUCUCUGCCCCAUCUGAGAAGGAGGGAUCACUGUCAGCCACUUGGCGGCCUUGCCUGCCUCACAGCUUGAUUCGGAGACAGCGCACGUCUUACUGUCCUCUCUGCCAGAAAGCACUGCCCAUGGUCGUUAAAUGGCUAAUGCCUGUGUCAGAGUUCCUUCCCAUGGAAAUUAAUUAUGCAUCUACACUACUGUGGGGAUGUGAGUUAGAAUCACUGGAAUUCCUGGGAUCCCAGGAUGCUCAGGUUGGGAGGAAGGCUUAAAAGAUGUUCUUUUGAGAUAGCAAUAGAAUUAUUUUCUUUCAUUCUUAAAGUUAGUUGGCAAAGAUUUUACAAAUAAAAUACUCUUAUCUUUCAGGUUAUCCUGCUCUCCUUGAAAUAUGAAAGAGAGAAGGCAGACUGAGCAUAGGCAGAGAUAAGGAACUUGGCCUAGGAAUAGGCAUUAAGUGAAUAGCAGUUUAAGCAAAUCAACUUUGUGAAAUAAAAUCAAACCCCAGUCCUCCAAGGUUGGCAAUAGAGGGGAAACUUUUUUCUCCCAGAACUUAUUUUUUCUGGGGGGUCUCCCACCAGGUAGUGCUACCUGCCUUACAGGCUACCUGCCUGUCUAGCUCCAGACCUGUCUGGUUGUGGUCUUAGGGAGCCUAGCUAUUGCAGUCACCCAGGUGAGAGAUGAUGGUGUCUUGGACUGGGUGGUAGUGGUAGAGAUGGACAGAUUCAGGAAAUAUUUUGGAGGUUUUAUCAGCUAAGCUCCAGUCAGAAACCAUACUAGUUAUUUCUAACAAAGGAUGUUAAUUUAAGUAUGGGCAGUUGGUUACAAAAGUGUUGGAAGGGCUGAAGAAACAAAAGGGAGAAUGGAGAGUGCUGAAGGAACAAGAGGCUAAAGGGGAGUGUCCACUGCUGGAAACAGAAGAGCUGCCACAGUGGCUGGGAUGGCUGAGCAGGUCCGAGACCCUCACCCCUACUACAGCCACCCUGGGCAAGCGCUGCUGCCUCCUCUAUCCCACCCUCUCCUAGCUUGCUGGUGCCUCCCACUGGCAGAAAUUAACAGCUGGCAAGGGAAUCUGGAAAAUCGAGCAGCAUAAAGUAUAGAAGGGAAGGUGUGGGGUACGAGACAACAGAUAAGCAACCAGGAGAGGUGGAACCAACAGAACUUAGUGAUAGAGUGAAUGUGGGGGAGGGAAGAGAAGAAAGGGCGACUCCCAGGUUCUCUGGCUUGAGCAGCUGGGCGGGUAAUGGAGCCAUGUACUGAUAUACGGGGCAAGAACUGAUCGGAGGGGAAAAUUACAGUAAGAUGCUACAGCCUAAUAUAUACCCGAGAAACACGAGACAGGAGGGGCAUCGUUUCCUACAGACCCUUAAGCCAACUCUGAUGUUCAUCUCAUGCUUGAACUUGAGCAGGAACAUCUGAGCUCAGGCCUCACUUUGACACCAUAUUGGGACCAGGUGCUCUGCUCUCAGAUGGAUGCCAUUAAUGCUCACAUUUCACUCAAGGAAAAAGAGAGGCAAAAACAUGAUAGGAACUCAGAUUCUCCAUCAGGUUUUCAGGGAACAAUCAGACUGCCUUCUUUGGCUAGAACUGAGACUCAGCUCUAGUAAGUAUAGUCGACUCUCGUUAUUCACAGUAGCUAUGUUCUAUCAAGUCACCACAGACACCAUUAGCAAAUACUGGACCACUGCUCCUGGGGGAAAUAUAAGGUAAGGUUCCUGUGUGCCUCUGUCAUAACAUUGUCGUCAACAACCAUUGAUUCAUUGAACUCACAGCCACCAGCACUGUAAGUCAUGCCAUAAUGAAGCGUAUCUAACGCACUCUCUCUGUAAGGCACAUGACAGCCUUACUACACUUAGUUAACUCUAGCCAGCACCUCAGCACUAUGCGGGUGGGGGCCAUUUAAUUUAUUUAUUUUCAAAUAUUUAUUGUAUUUAUUUGGCUGCACAUGUCUUAGUUGUGGCACGGGGGAUGUUUUUUUUUUUUUUUCAGUUGUGGCAUGUGGGAUCUAGUUCCCUGACCAGGGAUCGAACCCAGGCCCCCUGCAUCAGGAGCAUGGAGUCUUAGCCACUGGACCAUCAGGGAAGUCCAGGGGGGCCAUUUUAAACACUGAAACCACCACCAACAAGCAAGAAAUGAGGCAUUAGGUACACCUUGGAUAGGGCACUCAUUUAGAGUGUGAGAGCCGAAACCAGGAGGCAGGAUGUCGCCUUGUUCAGCCUCAGCUGGGAAGGUACGUGUCGGGCGACUCACAUUUUUCACUGCUCUAAGCAUGUUUGCAAACGAUUGUAAAAACACUGCAAGUAUCGAUUUUAGGAUUACAGAUACAGUUUAGUAAGUGAAUUCGCAAAUACAGAAUCUGCAAAUAAUGAGGAUCAGCUGCCUAAGUAACUGGCUAAUGCGCAGGCCUGUAAUGUUAGCCUGUCUCCCUACCCUAGCAUGUCCACUGACCUGUCCAGUGAGCACUUCAGACACUGUUUCUAUCGUGGGCUCCUCCUCCUCCACAAUCUGAGGUUACUCUCUUUUGGCUACUUGAUCUGUGGCCCUAGAAAAAUAAGUUAACUUCUAUGCCUCAGUUACUCUAGCUAUGAAACAGUUACAAUAAACACUAACUUAACUCCUAGGCUUGUCCUAUGGGUGAAAAUAUGUGAAAAGAUUAAAUGCCACAAAAUGUAAGAUCUAAUAAUUAUGUUACUAAGUACAAAUUUUUCACUUGGCCUUUUAGACUUUCCAUUUGGCUAUUCUCUCCCUGCCCGAGAUUCUCAUUUUUCUAAUUCCCCAGCGAAAACCGCAAAACCAGCCUGCUUGCCAUGCUCUACACAUGACUCAUGAGUUCCCUCUUCUAACUAAACCUUUAUGCAGUCUAUUUUCCUGGCUUGAAGUGUCCCUCCCCUCUGCUAUCCCAGGCUCUCUACAUUUCUAAAUAAAUAAAACUUGAACACAA